AUGGCAGAAUCUAAAUACUUCAGCUGUCGCGUUGUUUUCGACGACGGGCAAAGAGCAAUUGUCAAAGAAGCCGAUAUUAUUCCGGUGUAUUUGCUGCCUGUUGGUGCUGAAGUUAGUGCUCAAAUAAAGAAUGAUGAUGCUUAUUGGGGUAAUUGUGUUAUCCAGGCUCACCUGAGUGAUCCUGACAGUCCAUAUGAGAUUUUCUGCCGUACUACAAAUGAAGUUUAUCGCUUACGAAGACGUCAAGUGUCCAUCAAUGAGACGGAGGUGAAAAACUUGAGAUUUCAAAAGCUUCUACCCAGCAAUCAUGUUGAUCCAUUGGUAUCCCCACAUUGUGAUUCUGAGGUCUUAAGGACAAAUGUGGGCCUGUCAAAUAGUGAAGAGAACAGGAAGCGGAGACGAAAGCCGAAAGAUUUCGGCGCAGACUGGAUUAUACCGGGGAAUCCCAGAAAACGCGUCAAGUCAGACUGUAUCAGAGUCAAUGAUAAUAAUGAUCUGGCAGGAAGACUGAAAGGUGAUGAAAUUAACCGUGGAGGAAAAUCUUUGGGUCGCACCACAGAAGACCUAUUUGACGAGGUCCCUAACCAAGAUUCUAUGCGUUUAUCUGAGCCAUUGAAUACGCACAGAAUUACCAAUGAGCUGUCAUCUUUGACAUCAUCGGAUUGCAUUCAGCGUGUCACUCGUGGCGUAUUCCAACGCCACGAUCAUCAGUGUUGGAAAAUUGGACUAUUGUUCGUACUAGGGGUGGUGGUGCUAGUGGUGUUACAAGUAAUAAUAUUCCAACGGCGGAUUUCAAUCUUUUAG